AUGCCAGCCCUCAUCCAUCUCGUCCGCCAUGCGGAAGGCCUCCACAAUUUGCGCCACAAUGUCCAGAUUCCCGAUGCCCCCCUCAGUGAACGGGGCUUCAACCAAGCCGAACUGCUAGGCCAGAAGUUUCUUUCCGCGCACUCCGACAGCGUCGGUGCAGUCAUCUCCAGCCCACUUCGCCGAUCGAUCCAGACCUCCUUGACCGCAUUUCGACGGGUGUUGCAUGCGGACCAAUAUCCUGCCAAUACAAGCGUGGGUGUGCGGCCCGGAGUGUGGCUGGGGCUCGAUCCAGCACUGCGGGAGUUCGGCGGCGGCUUGCCGUGCAACACCGGCUCCCCAGUCAGCGAGCUGAUGUCCGAAUUUCCGACACUCCAUCAGCUCCAGCAGCUGGAUCCGGAUUGGUUCGACGACUCCGGACGCGAUCCGUCGUCCGCAGGGCGGAUUAAACAAGAGAUCUUGGGACGAUUGGAGCAAAUGCAGGCAGAUCUGCAGGAGGAUCCUGAUAGAACUGAUAUCGUGGUGGUAACUCAUGACGGGAUUAUCGGUGCCCUUGCACCUGGUAUCCGGAUUGAACUAGGGCAAUGGAAAAGCUUCGAGUUGGUGAAAGCCAGCAAUGGAAUGCUAUCGUUGCAACCGGUUUAG